UUUCCACUGAAGUAGAGACAAACGAUGUCUCUGUCAUUCACACCCUGUGUGCAGUACAAUCUGUUAUUACAUCAUUAAACUAACUUACAAUCCACGCCUAUAUACAUUUCGACAAUGCUCUUCUCUGCUUACAAUUACAAUCCCCAUGUCUCCAGCUCACCUCUUCUACACAUCCCUCCUACUCUCUCUUGUCAUCUCCGCCGCCGCACACGGCGGAGGCGAUGAGGAUGACGACGCCUCAGCCACCCCAGUUGAUCUACGCAGCAAAUCGUUGAUUCUGGUGAAGAUAUGGUGUUUGAUAAUCGUGUUUUUCGGGACAUUUGUGGGCGGGAUAUCGCCGUAUUUUAUGAAAUGGAACGAGGGGUUUUUGGUUCUGGGGACUCAGUUUGCUGGCGGGGUGUUCUUGGGGACGGCGCUUAUGCAUUUUCUGAGUGAUGCGAAUGAGACUUUUGGGGAUUUGAGUGAUAAGGCUUAUCCGUUUGCGUUUAUGUUGGCUUGUGUGGGAUACCUGUUUACUAUGCUUGCUGAUUCUGUCAUUUCUUAUGUUUAUGGCAAGCACAAGACCACUACUGAUGUGGAGCUUCAAGGCGAUCAGAUUGAAAAAGUCGAUGGCAAUGGAAAUGUCCAACCUUCACAAGAUCAGGGUCAUUGUUCAACCAACCCCUUUGUGGAUGCCCCUGCGACAACUGCUUCUUCCGUUGGGGAUAGCAUCUUAUUGAUUUUUGCAUUAUGCUUUCACUCUGUCUUUGAGGGGAUAGCAAUCGGAAUUGCAGAUACUAAAGCUGAUGCUUGGAAAGCCCUCUGGACAAUAUCUUUGCACAAGAUAUUUGCAGCCAUUGCAAUGGGAAUAGCACUUCUUAGAAUGAUUCCUGACCGCCCCCUCUUAUCAUGCGCGACAUAUGCUUUUGCCUUUGCUAUCUCAACUCCGGUUGGUGUUGCCAUUGGAAUUGUAAUAGAUGCCACAACUCAGGGUGCAGUUGCAGAUUGGAUCUUUGCCAUAUCCAUGGGCUUAGCCUGUGGUGUGUUCGUCUAUGUAUCAAUAAAUCAUCUGCUAACCAAAGGCUAUGCCCCCCUUAAGUCGGUGAAGGUCGACACUCCACAUCACAAAUUCUUGGCAGUUACCUUCGGUGUGGGGGUGAUUGCUGUAGUGAUGAUAUGGGACACUUAGAUUCGUCGGUACAUUGUUGGAUGUUUUAUCAUCAAACACUUUGUUAGCAGGCUAGAUAAAGAUAUAUUGUAAAUGUGUUAAUUUCCUUGCUUUGUUGGCAUGUGAUGAUGUACUAGAAAGGAUUUCAUAAUGGUAUUUUGACUCUGUCCAUUUUAUAGAUGGAUGGUGUUGGCACUUUUUAUCA